AUGAAAAAAUCAUCUACUGCUCGAAUCAUCUACUGCUCUUUUCUCUAUGCAAUUUGCUACAAGGAACCCGAAGAACAUUCACUCGAUAUUGUUUUGAAACCAAUUUGGAAUCAAAUUUUUCGACCAAAGAUUGAUUCGAAAUCUGAUGAACCUCAAAAUAUCGAAUGUUAUUUCCACAAUUUUUGCUACAGUCGGAUUCAAUUUGUUGACUGAUGAUGAAAUAUUGAAUCGAACAUCAUUCAAAUUUUUGCGGGAAAAUUUGCAUCAAUUAUUUCAUGAAUCACAAAAUGCUAUCUCGAACUGUUAUGCUGUUGAAACAACUCCCAAAUUGUGAAAUUUGAAGUUGAUUGGAUGGUUUGGAUGUGAUGAAUGUUUUUCCGAUUCUUCCUUCGAGUGAGUUUUUUUUUUGAAAUAAUUUUGUAAGAAUGAGUGUGUCAACACGUUAAUUUGUACUUUAUUUAAUCGCCUCGAAAUUUCACUGAAAAAUGUUUGAAAAAUAAUUGAUGAUGAUGAAAAAAUAAAAAAUUUGAAUAAAAAUUAAUAAAUAAUUUUGCAGAUCGUUUCACUAAAUCGACGAAUCUUUUGGUUUUAUUCGAUGACUCAAGAAUUCAAGAAUCAUUCGUUGUUGAUCAUCGAUUAUCAACCGGAAAAUGUUAUGAUUUUGAUAAAAUUCAUUCGGAAAGUGUUCAAUGGUUCAUGCUCGUUUACCAAUUAAUGUCUGGAAACAGCAUUCUUGUUUUGCAUCACAAUUUGCUAAUCGAGUAUAUGUUUGAUUAUGAUUGGUGGAUCGAAUCAUCUACUGCUCUUUUCUCUAUGCAAUUUGCUACAAGGAACCCGAAGAACAUUCACUCGAUAUUGUUUUGA